AUGCCAGUCGCCUUCGCCGGGGAUGUCGCCGCCAUCGGUCGUGCCGCCAGGAAGAUCUACAGCAGCUGGAUCCAUUCCCUUCCGCAAUUGCGACCUCGCGCCGGAUCCAAGGUCUCGAAGAGAUCCCUCGCCGGAAACCCUAGAAACCGCGGGGGCGAUGGCGGCAAGCCAGAGAAGGAAGCCCCGAAGGCUUCGUACAUGAGGAACACCAUCGCCGGCGUGUCAAGGAUCCUGCGGUCUUCGACGUGGGAGGAAGCUCUGGGGGAGCUCCGGGGGCUGCCGAUCAAGUGGGACUCCUACACGGUGAACCAGGUCCUCAAGAGCCAUCCUCCCAUGGAGAAGGCCUGGCUCUUCUUCCUCUGGGUAGCGCAGGUGAGGGGAUUCAAGCACGAUCACUUCACCUACACCACCAUGCUCGACAUCUUCGGGGAGGCCGGCAGGAUCUCGUCGAUGGAGUUCAUGUUCCGGGAGAUGGAGGAGAAGGGGCUGAGGAUCGACGCCUCCACCUACACUUCGGCGCUGCACUGGUACGCCAAGGCCGGCGACUUGGAAGCGUCGCUCAGGCUGUGGGAGGAGAUGCGGAGGACGGGGUGCGACCCCACGGUGGUCUCCUACACGGCGUUCAUGAAAGUCCUCUUCGAUCAUGGCCGGCCGAGGGAAGCUUCCGCGAUAUAUCGGGAAAUGAUUGAGGCGAGAUUAUCCCCCACCUGCCACACAUACACUGUGCUGAUAAAUCACCUCGCCGGAUCAGGUACUAUGAUCGGUCGAACGAUUAUCCGCCGCAAGGCCUAACUUCUGGAUCUGGAACCGAGAUUUCUCUGUACGUGAGCAAGAUUCUUCUGCAUGUUGAUCUUCUUCCAUCCACUUCUGCUACUAAGAAUCAAAAACAGGCAUCGGACGACAGGAACUCAGACGCAGAAGCGGAGAGAAAUCUGGGGGUUGAUUUCGUUCUCCUUUCUGGAAUUCUGCAGGUAAAUUCGACGCCGCGCUUGGAGUCAUGAACAGGAUGCGAAAAGCCGGAGUGGAACCCGACAAGGCGACCUGCAACAUCCUCGUCCAGAAAUGUUCCAAGCUUGGAGAGACGGCGGCCAUGUUCGAGGUUCUCAGGUACAUGAGGGAGAACUCCCUCGUUCUUCGUCUCCCCAUCUUUCUGGAGGCAUUGGAGUGUUUGAGGAAGGCCGGCGAGAGCGACCGUCUUCUUCGGGAAGUCAACCCCCAUCUCUCCUCCGUGGGCAGCGGGGUAAUGGGAGGAUCUACCCCCGAUCUCGCCAUUAACGAUGUCAACUCCUGCAUAGACCGCGGCAUCAUCAACAUCCUUCUCUGCAAGCGGAACUUCGCCGCCAUUAAUCUCAUGCUGGAGGGCAUCAUUCUGCUGAAGAUGGAACUUGGCGCGGAGCUCAACGCCGCCAUCAUCCAGGCCAGCUGCAGGAGUCAAAGCCUGUCGACCGCCCUGCUGGCAUUCCAGCUCAGCGUUCAACUCGGACAGAGGCUCGAGAGGCACGUGUACCUCUCCCUGGUGGGACCGCUCAUGAGAUCCAGCCGCUUCCAAGAGGCCCUCAAGAUCACCGAAGAAAUGGCGAGCAAGGGUCACAGUCUUGGAGCUUACCUCGCUUCGGUGCUGACGCUGAGGCUCGGGAGAGCGGGGAAGCCCGCCAUCGCCACCGAGCUCUUCUCUUCCGCUGCUUCUUCUGCAUCUUCUUCCCCAGCUGACCGGAAUACCCUAACCUACACAGCCCUGCUCCACGCUCAUCUUCAGUCGAUGGAGGUGGAGAAGGGGCUCGAGAUCUUCUCUCAGAUGAGAGAGGAAGGCGUCCCCGUCGCAGCGGGAACAUACGAGGUGCUGAUAUCCGGCCUGGAGAUGGCGGGGAGGAACACAGAUGCGGAAUUCUUCCGCAAGGAGAGGAGAAGAUUGCAGAGAUGCCACUCCGAGGGGGUGGCUGUUCCUGUGGAGGAGAGCCUCUGUAACUUUUUCUUCGCCGGCGGCUGA